AUGAUGGUUGACCUACCAGUGCAUGUCCGCUUGCGGAGCGCUAUCCUGUGGAACGAUGUCUUGCUGGUGAAGCGUAUCAUAAAGAAUAACCCCAGGUUCCUGGAAAACCCAAACUUCGACGAUAAGAGCAAUACCUCACUGCAUCUCGCAGCGAUUAUUGGCAACCUGGAAAUCAUUAAACUCCUUGUAUCAUUCGGCCACGACUCAUGCACCCCUCAAAUCUUGGAGAGCGGCUUCGAUGCGGCCCCCGGCAUCAGCGUGAACACUGAUGGAGCUACACCUCUCCACCUUGCAGCUGCUCAUUCCCACACCUCCUGUGUCCAAUUCCUGUGCACUCAGUUCCCCCAAACCAUCGACCGGCCUGACCAUAAUGGCGCCACACCCCUCAUGCUUGCGGCUCAAAACUCCAACGCAUCCCACCCGGCGCAAAGCACAUGCCUAAUUCCUCCGAAGCAGCGCCCGCGUUCCUCUUCCAAUUCCUCAGAAGAUACAAGUACCAUUGCAACGCUUCUCAGACAAGAUGCGUCCGUCACGCUUGCAGAUAACGUCGGCAACACCGCCUUGCAUUAUGCUAGUGCAUGGGGAAAUUUGAAGGCAUUUCGGCUCCUGGUAUCAGCGGGUGCGCCUUCCCUAGCUCUCAAUCAUGCGAUGUGCACUCCCGCAGACUAUGCAUUAAGCAUACAAGCACGCGUAUAUUUCCACAGCCUAAUUUCGGAAUUCGAACGACUCAAAGUCGAGUCUCCCCAGCUACAACCACCACCACCACCGCCACCACAGCAGGAGCAGCAGCGAAAGCCGAAAAUUAAGCUAUCGUUGAACGUAAAUGAUGGCGAUUUAAACCGGUCCCCACCCGGCGUAGUAACGCAACAAAGGAACCUAUCGCCCAUCUCUCCGACAGGGAUGAGGCUACCUAACAAAGCGGGUUUAAGCGCCUCAAGACCGGGGAAGGUUACGCCAUCUCUAGGCUCCGUGCGGUUGGUUGAGCAUGAAAUCAGCGACGAUAUGUUCCCUUUGGGUCCGCCUUUGACGGCGAGGAAAAUCAGUGGGCAGAUGACGGGCAGCCCGAUCACCGCGACAGGGCCUUUUACACGGUUUCGCCGAGGCUCAAGUUGA